AUGCGGUUCCAGACACGCGCGCGCCAGAGAAAUGCCAUGAGUUUCCCCCCUGCGCCCUCCCUUCCCCCAAUUCCCCCCCUACUUCCCCUUGUUUUCCCCUUUUGCUUCCCGUGCUUUUCGCCCCUCCAUCCCCUCUUUCCCCCCCCUGCGUCCCUUCCUUUCUCUCCAUGCAUCCACCCCUUUCCCUCCGUGUUUCCUCUCCUUUUCCCCCCGUGUUUCCCCUCCUUUUUCCCCGGCCGCUCCUUUUCUCCCUUGCUUCCCGUCCUUUCCCCCCCCUUGCAUCCCCUCCUCCGUUCCCUUGCUUCCCCUCCUUUCCCCCCUCUUUUCCCCUCCUUUCCGCCCCUGCCCCUCCUUUUCCCCCUUGCUUCCCCUCCUUUCUCCUCUUGCAUCCCCUCCUCCGUUCCCCCACUGCUUCCCAUCCUUUCCCCCCCCUGUAUUCCCUCCUUUCCCCCCAUGUUUCCCCUUCUUUCCGCCCCUGCAUCCCCUACUUUCUCUCCCUUGCUUCCCCUCAUUUUGCACCUGCUUCCCCUCCUUUUUCCCCCUCCCUCCUUUCCCCCCCUGCAUCCCCUACUUUUCCUCCCUGCUUCCCCUCUUUUCCCCCCCUGCAUCCCCUCCUUAUGCUCCCUUCCCUUGCUUACCCUCCCUCCCCUUACCCACAGUUUCCACUUUCCACCUCCAGUACCGUACUACCAACGCGCUGCUCGCCCCAUCUCCGCCUCGCCCCAUCUCCGCCUCAUCCCAUCUCUGCCUCACCCCAUCUCCGCCUCACCCCAUCUCUGCCUCAUCCCAUCUCUGCCUCACCCCAUCUCAGAGGCGGGCAAUGGAAAACGCGAAGCUGGAAGGCGAGAAGUGCCUCGUGCGGAAACGGGCACGCCCUUCCACAGAGCUGCGCGCGGCAACUGCGAUUCUGCUAGUGCGUGCCGCUACUAG